CAGAUCAGUCUCUGGUCCUGCCACCAAUUAUCACCAUGGCAACAUCUAAAAGCCACGGCCCUUCGGAGGCUCACUUCCACCGUGACUCGGCAAACUUCGUGCCUCUCCGCCUCGGCCCUGUAAGCAGGUCCAAAACACAAGCAGAUUCCCUCAAACUGCCGUCGAUGUACUCCGGAAACGGAAGAAGACAAAAUGGCACCACAGCAGGUGGUGCUUCCAGUUAUCCCAGAAUUAUCGUGCGAGACCCGAUGGGAAGGACUCUGGACACGUUUACGACCCUGCAGGAGGCGAUCUACAGAGCGAGCUGGACAAGAAAAAAGAUGAAAGAGUGGCCACGAACCCCGCUAGAGUGGCGUCUCCCCAAGGCUCCCCCACCGUCCCGCCCUGACUACACACGUGUCGGGCUGCCAGCUCGCUCACUGACCACACUGGCCGUGGAUCACAGCCCCUCGUCUACGUCCCGCAGUCGUGACGUCAGCCCAAUCAGCGGCCACGUCAAACAGCUUGACCUAGUGGCGGACGUGCUGGUACCACAGGACACUCUGGAAAUUCCUGUUGACGAUGUGGCCUUUGUAGCUGAAAGUCUCAACCACCUUCCAGACCUCCCUUCCUUCUCCUUCCUUCGCCACUCUCUCUUGGCCGGCCGGUCCACAUACGUGCAGAUUGUGGCCUCUAUACUUCUGCACCAGAAACAACUUCGCGCCAAAGACAUACGUCAGGCAGAAUGGCAGUUCCCGGGCUUCUGUGGGGGCUGUAAGAGAGCUGGCUUCUGCUAUGGCUGCAAGAAAAACCCAAAACCACAAUCCACCGUUCUUGACUAUAAUUAGCACUGACGGUUUCCUGGGAGAACAAGCUCUUGACGACUACGAGGACGAGGAACCUGAUGACGAGGAGCAGCAAAAGGGAGAAGCUGGCGACGGGGCAGAUGUAGGCGUAUCGAGGAGAAGCAGUAGGCGGAGUCGAGUGGAGGAGGAGGCGGAGCUCGCAGAACGGAGCAGACGAGUGGGUGUGGCCUCGUACCAAACUGAGACGGCGAGUGAAGGGUCAAGGGAACGAACGUCCAGGCAAAUGUCUCAAGACUCUGGGGGGCUCACUAUGUCUGAGCUGACGUCCGAUCAGACCACGGUGAGAAUCGACACAGGCUAUGACGACUACAUGAGCGAGGAUGACGUCACCAACAGCGGGCGACCAGAGCAUAGGACCAGCGUCGCGAGCAGACCGAGCCGUGACUCGGAGGACAGAGGCCGAGGCCGAAAAGUGUCAAGGAUAUCAAACGCCUCUUCCCAUCCCCGCAGUCAAAGCGACGCCGGUGUCAGCAAACGAUCUCCAGCCCGGGCGAGAACCUCAUCGCGUUUUCCCGUCAUAGACACAGCGAAGGAGGAGGAAGAAGCCGAACUGGCAAGAUUGAGAAAAGAAAGGGCAAAACAAAGCGUUCCCUUCGGCAAAAAGAGGAAAGAUGUGUUGUACAAAGGUAACCUUGAUUAG